AUGCAGGGCUCCGCGACCGUCCCGCUCGUCACGGUGCCGGAGGCUGGAUCUCCCUACGACCUCUUUGGCCCGCGCUCCAUCUCCCGCUCCGUCCCUACGGGCUACACCGAGAAGGAGAUUGAGGGCAUGAUGCAGCUGACGGGAGACAAGAGGUGGAAGGUUGAGCAGACGACGCUCCUCGCCCGCCUCGGCGACUACUCGCUCUUCAACGGUCGUAUCCCCGAGACCGUUGCCGGUCCCCACGGCGCAGCUCAGCGCGUCAAGUUCGAGCUGCGCAAGAACAAGGCCUACGACCCCGCCACGCAGGCUGUUCCCGCCAUGAAGAUUGUCACGGACGCCGUUGGUGUCGACCACUAA